GUAUGAUCGGUAUGGGGUUGCCCAUGGAGGGGGAUGCGAGUCUAGAACGGAGCGGGCGGCCACUACGUACAUACAUGUGCCGGCACUAAACAUGAUGUGGUGGCUGCGUGUCGGCCCGCUUCCGGGUCUAGGGACUCGUUCCUGACGGACGUCGCAGUGGCUUCUGGUUGUGAUGGCUGCCGCAUGAUGAUGCCCAUCGAUGUGGAAUCAAGUAUGUAACACCGUUGCAGGGCGGCAUAUGUCCACACGUACAGUAUACAGUACUUCGUGUAUAUAAGAAGCAUAUUCCAUCCGCUCGGUAAGGCACAUGAAGGAGACAGCAACACCAGACAACUCAAAACCACCUCCCCCAUCUUGAUAGUUUGAUCAACAUCCAGCCCGUCACCAUGAAGACCGCAGCGUACAUCGGAUCCCUCCUCCUGCUCGGCGCCAGGCACGUCCUCGCCAACAACGCCAUCCCCGGCAGCGCCUUCACCAACAACAACGGCCUCGCCGCCGCCGAGGCCGCCGCGCCCAUGUGGUACAUGGCCUCGGGGACGUGCAUGCCGUCGGCGGCCGAGGACGGGCAGGGCCACCAGACCAACGGCGUGGACCCGGACAACUGCAACAUCGGCAAGCUGGGCCACGGGUGCCCGCCCCAGCCGCAGUGGCAGGGCGCAAACACCUUCUACGGCAACGUCGCGGGGGAGCCGUUCGGUACGAUCCCCACGUACUGGAAGGUGGCGCGGUGCGGCGGCAACUGGAAGAUCAUCUACUACGUGUACUUUAAGAAGGACACGGGCCACAAGAGCGACUGGGAGGGCAUCGUGGUGACGUUUCGCAGCAACGGAGGUGACCAGUGGAUUCGCGACUCGGUCACGAUGGAGCAGGACGGACACCACAAGACUAUCGGCUGGGGCGACAUCAACGACACGUUUGACAGCACCAACGACUGGCAAAACUUCCAGCAAAAGAACCGCGACCACGGCAAGUUCUACUUUGGCAAGUGGCACCACUCGGUGCACCAGGACUGGCACACCAACACCUUCAAGAACACGUGCCCCCCGACGUCCAACGACGACUUCCGCAACGCCGACUACCAGUUCUGGGCCAGGAACAACCUGCGCCCCGUGUCCGUGCUGAACCCGGGCUGGAAAUGGGGCAAGGCUACGUCGCCUGCCAACAUUGACAUUUGCUCGUAUUAAGGGGCCGGUGACGUGUGGUGUGGAAGAGAGGAUGAGAGCAUUGGAGUAUGCUGGCGUCUGGUCUAGGGCACAUUGGGAGGGGGGAGGGCGUCGCGUGUAUGAGAUACUAUCUGAACAUAGGUUGAGAGGCAGGCAGGGCCUUGUUCCGACUACCGCUGAGUUGUUGAUGGAGCACCCACAAUGUCCGGCUCAUUCUAUAUUCAGGAACUGCAAACGUUCUCCCAACGCCGCAUCGUCUACCC